AUGUUGCGAAUUUUGGGAGCACUACGCAGUUCACCGCGUUCGUUCGUUCGACUAUGCAGCACAGGAACGGUGAGCACAACCAUCGUUAUCUAUAUUUGUUCUAUUGAAGGAGGAAUAGUGCGAACUGAUUGCCGAUAUUCGAGGCUCAUUUCAAAACUGACAGGAUGUGAGGUGUUCAUAAAAAUGGAGGUGAACCAGGAUACUGGAAGUUUCAAAGAAAGAGGUGGUCGAUUCGCACUAUUGAAUCUGUCUGAUGAGGAGAAGAAGAAUGGCGUGUACGCAGCGUCUGCGGGAAAUCAUGCCCAGGCUAUAGCAAUUCACGGAAAACAACUUGGCAUACAAGUGAACGUUGUGAUGCCCCGUCAUGCUCCAUUGAUGAAAAUCACAAAAUGCAAAGAUCUUGGUGCUAAUGGAAAAGAUCUUAGCGUGUCGCGUCAACUCGCUCUCAAACUCGCUAAGGAGAGAGGAGGGAAAUAUAUCAACGGAUAUGACAUGAUAGAUGUACUUGCUGGUGCUGGCACGGUUGCAACCGAAAUUCUCGAUCAGGUCCCCAAUGUCGACGCAAUACUUUCGCCAUCUGGUGGUGGUGGCCUGUUGGCUGGCUGUUGCGUAGCAGCCAAGACUCUCUCGCCCAGCACAAAAGUUAUUGGCUUAGUUCCAGAAACGAUGCCUUCAAUGCUUAAAUCCCUGGAAGCGGGAAAAGUUGUAACUAUCAAGAACAAUCCGACGCUAGCUGAUGGUUUAGCCGUUCCAACAGUCGGCGUCAAUUCUUUCCAAACGAUAAAAAACUUGGUGGACAAGGUUGUCGCCGUGAAAGAAACUGAUAUAGCCGUCGGAAUUUUGCGACUGAUUGAAACUGAAAAAGUUGUCACUGAGGGAGCCGGUGCAAUCGGUGUAGCCGCUCUAUUAGCUGGAAAUCUUCCUGAACUAUCCGGAAAAAGAGUCGUAUGCAUUUUGAGCGGUGGUAAUAUCGAUUCCACCAUGGUAGGAAGGUGUAUUGAGAAAGGAUUGGCGGUGGAUAAUCGUCUAGUACGGUUCGAAGCCCUUAUCUCGGAUCGUCCCGGUGGUGUUUCUGAACUAGCAAAACUUGUUGCAGAUACUGGAGCCAGUGUUAAGGGAAUGUCUAUGGAACGAGCGUUUCACCGCAGUGACGCUUUUACUACGAACUGCAAAGUCGUAGCGGAGACACGCGGACUUGACCAUACAUUGGAGCUUAAUAGCGUCCUCAAGAAAAGACGCAUGAUAUCUUGCAUAAAAUUAAGUUAUCAGAAGAAAUUCUGUUAUGGUGAACUCAAUGAAGGAACACUUCCAGUUCAUUCCACGCUUUUUGAAGUGCGGUCACCUCAGAUGCUGUCAAAAUUAAGGUCCACAUAUACAAAGCUGCUACCUUCUCUUCGAUAUAUUUCGAUUCAAAGUACGACUGAAUAUUUUGACCCUCAUUGCGAUCCAAAGAAUCCCAAAAACCUGGAACUUUCGGAAAUAACAGAUGCUUACAAAAGGAUCAAGGGAAGCGUCAUCCAUACCAGUUGCAGGAAGUCACGUUAUUUUUCGAAGAUGGCUGGGUGUAGCGUUCUUUUCAAAGCAGAAAACAAACAGCGAACUGGAAGCUUCAAAGAACGAGGAGCAAGAAAUGCGUUGUUGCGCCUUUCAGAGGAUGAACGCAAGAAAGGAGUGGUGGUCGGUUCAAACGGAAACUACGCGGAAGCAAUGGCGUGGCAUGGUAAGCAACUUGGUGUACCAGUAACUGUGGUGAUGCCGCGUUACGCAGCACUGAGUACAAUUUCCGUCUGCAAAGAUUUGGGGUCGAAUGUUGUUGUUGAGGGGAAAGAUCACGCCGAAGCACGAAGAAUAGCUUUCAAGAUUGCUCAAGAAAAUGGUGGUAAGUUUAUCGAUGGUCACGAUCACGUUGACGUCAUCGCCGGUGCCGGAACUAUUGCUCUUGAAAUACUGGAGGAGGUGAAAGAUGUUGAUGCAAUUCUUGUUCCCGUUGGUGGAGCUGGGCUGUUAGGUGGCAUAUCGGUCGCUGUUAAACAAACCUCUCCAAAAACAAAAGUGAUCGGUUUGGAAUCAGAAGCAUCUCCAUCCUUUAGUGCUGCACUCAAAGCAGGCCAACCAGUUACCAUUAAAAUCCAACCGUCAUUAGCUGCUUCUCUUGCAGUGUCAAGAGUUGGAUACAAUUCGUUCAAUAUAGCCAAAGGAAAUGUUGAUGAAAUUGUUACCGUCAAAGAGCUGGACUUGUCGAUAGCGAUAUUGAGAAUGCUCGAGAAAGAAAAGAUGUUGGUUGACGGUGCGGGAGCAAUGGGACCAGCUGCACUGUUGGCUGGUGGUGUCCAAGGACUUCCUGGUAAAAAGAUUGUUUGUGUGUUAAGCGGUGGAAACAUCGACAGUACUGUUGUUGGUCGAAGUAUUGAGAAAGGUUUGAUCGCUGAUGAUCGCCUCGUGAUGUUUGAUGUACUCAUUGCUAAUCGAUCAGGUAGUAUUAGCGAAGUGAUCGAAAUCGCAAACAAUACUGGAGGAUGCAUUAAGGAUAUUGCACUGGAGCAUGUAUUCCACAAAUUUGGUAUGUUUGACGUGAAAUGCAGAAUUAUUAUGGAAACACGUGGCAUCGAUCAUUCUUACCAGUUGAAAAAUGUUCUGCUUGAAAGGUACGGGAAAAAUUGUGAGUUUUUCAUGAAGAGAGAAAAGAUAUGA